CUCGCUUCCGUAGGAAGAAGCGCCAGGAAAGAUGGCGGCCGCUGCGGUUUGAAUUCCAGCGGCGCCGCCAGAGUCCGAACAAGAGCUGGAUUGGUGGGGGCGGGACCUGCCGAACCCGGCGGUUGCAAAGUUAGGGGAACCAGUGGCGCACUGCCACAGACAUCAAUGCCACCAUCACCUCCGUGCCCAUGAUGGACUCGGUGUUGGAAGAGGACGUCACCCUCCCUGGGACGCUCAGCGGCUGCAGUGGUCUUGCUCCUACUCUACCCGAUGGCCCCGAUGGCAUCAAGGCCAGUGCUGGCUUAGGAAAUGGAGCGCUCCAGAUGUUCCAGAAGAAAAGAUUUCUCCCACCAGAGCACGGAACAUGAAGGACUUUGAAAAUCAAAUCACUGAACUGAAGAAGGAAAACUUUAACCUAAAACUCCGCAUCUAUUUCCUUGAGGAAAGAAUGCAGCAGGAAUUUGAUGGCCCUACUGAACAUGUCUACAAAACUAACAUUGAGCUCAAGGUGGAAGUAGAAAGCUUGAAGCGGGAGCUCCAUGAGAGAGAGCAGCUGCUCAUCAAAGCCUCAAAAGCGGUGGAGAGUUUAGCAGAAGGGGGCGGCUCUGAAAUUCAGCGGGUGAAAGAAGAUGCCCGGAAGAAGGUGCAGCAGGUGGAAGACCUCCUAACAAAAAAGAUCUGCCUUCUUGAAGGGGAUGUGAAAGCCGCCCAAGCAGAACUGGAAAAAGCUUUUGCGGGGACAGAAAGGGAGAAGGCUCUUCGACUGAGUUUGGAAAGCCAGCUUUCAGAGAUGAAGAAGAUGCAUGAGGGCAACUUGGAGAUGGCUGUGGUCCUGGAAGAGAAGGACAGACUGAUUGAGGAGUUGAGGCUGUCUUUGAAGAGCAAAGAAGCUUUAAUACAGUGCCUUAAAGAGGAGAAAUCUCAGAUGGCAUCUCCUGAUGAGAAUGUGUCAUCUAGAGAGCUCCAAAGACUUUCUGCUGCUCAGAAGGAAGAAAAGGAGAGAGAGUCUGAGGCUGCACAAGUGGAGCACCAGAAGGAGAGAAAUCACUUCAAAGAGAGGAUUCAGGCACUUCAGGAGGACCUGAGAGAAAAGGAAAGAGAAAUUGCCACAGAGAAGAAAAAUAGUUUAAAGAGGGAUAAAGCCAUUCAGGGCUUAACCAUGGCAUUAAAAUCAAAGGAAAAAGAGGUUGAAGGACUUAAUGCUGAAAUUGAAGAGCUUAGUGCAGCCUUUGCUGAAGCCAGAGAGGCCUCCCAGAAAACACAAACCCCAAAAUUCCAGGAGUCUGAAGACUAUCAGGCUGCUCUGACAGAAAAGGAAGCCCAGUUGGCCAAGUUGCAGUCAGAGAACCUCACCAAGACCACAGAGAACAACAGGCUGCGGAGGAACAUUAAGAAGGUGACCCAGGAGCUGAGCGACCUGCAGCAGGAGAAGGAGCGGCUGGAGAGGGACCUGGAGGAAGCCUAUCGGGAGGGGAGCAAAGGAGCCCGUAGCACCCAUGACCUUAAAAAUGAAAUUGAAAAAUUACGCAAUGAAGUGAAUGAAAGAGAGAAAGCAAUGGAGAAUCAUUACAAGAAUCUUCUGAGUGAAAGCAAUAAAAAAUUGCAUAGUCAAGAGCAAGUAAUCAAACAUCUGACAGAAAGUGCCAGUCAAAAGGACUUGAUGCUUCAGAAAUUCAGUGAAAAAGAUUUGGGAGCAAUACAGCAGAACUGUUAUUUAAUGACUGCGGAGGAUCUCAAGUUUGGGAGCAAAGGCUUAAUAACAGAAAAGUGCUCUUCUGAACAGUCACCAGGCUGCAAACUCAUCUUCUCUGAGGGAAAGCUACAAUCAGACUAUGAAGAGCUGAUUCAGGUCUUAAAGAAGGAACAGGACAUCUAUACCCAUCUGGUGAAAUCUCUCCAGGACUCCGACAGUGUCAACAACCUGGAGGCUGAGUUAAGUGACAUUUUUGCUCUUCGGAAGCAACUGGAGCGAGAUGUUCUCACCUAUCGAAAUUUGCAGAAGGCCCUGGAGGAGCAGAUCAGCGAAAUUCGGAGGCGAGAAGAAGAACCAUUUUCAUUUUAUAGUGAUCAAACAUCUUAUCUAAGUAUUUGCCUUGAAGAGCACGAUCGAUUUCAAGUGGAGCAUUUUUCUCAAGAAGAACUUAAGAAAAAGGUCAGUGACCUCAUACAGCUCGUGAAGGAACUGUACACAGACAACCAGCACCUGAAGAAAACCAUUUUUGAUCUCUCUUGCAUGGGUUUCCAGGGAAACGGCAGACUUGAGUCAACAGAACAAAUAGAGGUAAGAAGAAAUAUUCUUGUUGUCAUGCGCUAAUUGCAAAAAU